AUGGCGUUCUUAUUCAAGUCCAAGAAGAGCCAGGACCGCGCAUUAUCGAGUCGCGAUGGCAACUCUGGCUCACAGGGGUCCAUUCAGAGUGCCAGUUCUCGCUUGGCCCGCGACGAGAAGAAUGCCGCCGCACAAAGAGCUACUCCCACGGGAAGCUUGAAUUCCGUCGACGAAAAUGGUACUAGCAGCCCGGAACAACUUCGCCGGGGAGGGAGUUUAGAGCAAACUCAGCCAUCAUCAGAUCUACCCGUGAGCACAUACCAUAUUUCCGUGCAUCUUUUGCGGUUAGCGUAUACCCCAAACCACCCGAGCCCUUUCCCCCGAUAUGGCGCUGCCGUAAACGCAACCGCGUCGAAAGAAGGCGACAUAUACAUGAUGGGUGGUCUGAUCAACAGCUCCACUGUGAAGGGCGACUUGUGGCUGAUUGAGGCCGGAGGGAACCUCGCCUGUUAUCCUCUAGCGACUACCGCUGAGGGCCCAGGCCCAAGAGUCGGCCACUCCAGCUUACUCGUCGGCAAUGCAUUCAUUGUUUAUGGUGGUGAUACCAAGAUUGAAGAGUCCGAUACCUUGGAUGAGACUCUAUAUUUGCUGAAUACCUCAACGAGGCACUGGUCCCGCGCCCUCCCAGCUGGCCCUAGGCCGUCUGGGCGCUAUGGCCAUUCACUUAAUAUCCUAGGCUCCAAGAUUUACAUCUUUGGCGGUCAAGUCGAAGGCUACUUCAUGAACGACCUUUCCGCCUUUGAUCUCAACCAAUUGCAGUCACCGAACAACAGAUGGGAGAUUCUCCUUCCAGGCGAUACCUCUCCAAAGGCGCCGGCCGCCCGUACAAACCACUCUAUGGUCACAUUCAACGACAAGAUGUACUUAUUUGGUGGAACGAAUGGCUUCCAGUGGUUUAAUGACGUGUGGUGCUACGACCCAGCUGUUAACAAAUGGGCUCAGCUAGACUGCAUUGGCUACAUUCCUGCGCCUCGAGAGGGACAUGCUGCAGCACUCGUAGACGAUGUCAUGUAUGUUUUUGGUGGUCGCACCGAGGAAGGGACCGAUUUGGGCGAUCUCGCGGCCUUUAGAAUAUCAUCACGACGAUGGUAUACUUUCCAAAAUAUGGGGCCAUCACCAUCGGCUCGAUCAGGCCACAGCAUGACAAAUGUGGGAAAAUCUAUUGUUGUCCUAGGUGGUGAACCGAGCUCAGCGACAACUACUAUCAAUGAUUUGGGCAUCAUGUAUGUUCUGGAUACGACUAAGAUUCGUUAUCCCAACGAUAGUCAGCAAGGUGCUCAGAGGGCAACCCAAGGAACGCGGAGGCCAAGUGGGAGUGAAGUACCGAAUGCCGCCGUUCGACAGCUACCCGCCGCCUCGAAUGCCCAAGAUUCGCGGAAACAAGGCAAUGCACCCGUCACAGCCGCUACCGCAACACCUACGACUCUUGCUAACAAGCCUCCCAACGGGUACCACUCACCACCCGGAGGUCCAGAGCAACAGAAUUCAGGCGCUCCAUCUGCUCCCUCUUCUAGUACUCCUCCGUCUAUAGUUCCCAGAGCCGGUGUCACGCCGUCCCCUGCUGGUCCGCCUCCUCAGGGACCGACGCCAGCCAAACCUACCGUUGAGACUUCCGCCGUGGGGCGUGCCCGAGGAGCUUCCGCAGAUCGUGCCGGAGCAUCUGGUUCUCCACAGACAACAAGACCGCCGCAGGCCGCAGUUAUCGCCAGCGAGGCUGAUACAACAGCUGUCAAUGGACGACGAACACCAACUCAGGCAUCGUCCGUUGCACAACAAACACGGAAUGGAUCCAAGCAGGAAUCGCCAGCCAGCGAUGCGGGCAAGACCCAUCAGAGGGGUCACCGUCACAUGCAGGGUUCCGUGGAUAGUUCCGCCGAAUCUGGAGGUCGGGCUAUUCGACCGUCAUCGCCGCCGCCACCCACAAGACAAACGAGUAACCCUCUGUCUCGACGUUCGUCUGGCAGAAACUCCCAGACUGUUGCUCUUCUUAAGGAACUAGAUUCGUCGAGAAACAGAAACGCGUGGUACGCUUCCGAGCUGGAGUUGGCGAGAAAAGCUGGAUAUGUGUCAAGUGCCACCAUGGCUCCCCUUGACGCCAAGGCCGCCGAAACGUUUGAUGACGAGGACCGACCGCUAAUCGAAGCUCUGUUGGCUAUGAAAACGGAACUGGCAAACGUACAGAGCGCAGUGGAUAAGCAAGCUGUGGUGGCCGCCAAGCAGAUUGCUGAGGCGGAGAAGCAACGUGACGCAGCCAUUCAGGAAGCGGUCUACGCCAAAGCCAAACUGGCCGCGUAUUCUGGAGGAAGUUCGUCGAGCACGCCUCAGCUGGAUGGGGAGCGAGACGAGCCGGCGGACCGAUCUGGUGAGAUUGGCAAGAGACUCGCGACGGCACUGCACCUUCACAAGGACUUGAAACAACAAGUGGAAAGUCUCAGGACUGAAUUAUCGGCAGAGAAAAGUGCCCGCCAGCUAGCUGAUGAUACCACCUCUGCAGCCCAGAAGCGUAUGGCCGAUCUGGAGACCUACAGGCAGCAGACAUCAACAGAGGUUGAGCGACUGAAGGCGGAACUACACCUUGUACAGCGGGAGGCCAGAGAGAAAUCUGUCGCCUGUGCGGAGGCUGUAGCAGCUUUGGAGCUGAUGAAAGUGGAAAGAGGCGAGUUCGAAUCCAAAUAUAACGAGGCCGUCGGCUCAUCAAAGGACCACAACGCAACAUUUGAAACUUUGAGAAGCGCCAUCGCCGCCUCACAAGACGCCAGAUCACACUUGGAGAAGAAGCUCGAAGAAGAGAGACUGGCCCGUGAGUCAGUAGAAGACAAACUCAAUAAAUUGAAAAUGGAGCAUGAAGCUCGUACAACGGAACUGGUUGCGUCAACGCAACGACUACGCGAUGCGGAAGAGCUGGCCGAAAAACACUCAAACGAGGCCCGAACUCAUCGGGAGGCACUGCUCUCUGGCCUUGGCAAGAUCACAACCAGGGACUUGGCGAACGGAAGCAAGGGUGAUAGUGAGCGUCUAGUCGCACUGCAGAACCAACUUGCUACAGCAAACGAACUGGUGAAGAAGUAUCAACAGGAGGCUGACACGGCAGCGGAUAAACUGCGUAGCGCCGAAGAGCGAAUCGCAGGGCUGGAGCAGUACCAGGAGCAGUCAAGCAGAGAGGGUGUGGCCAUAAGAAGACAGCUCCAGUCUGCCUUGAGGGAAACACAGAGCCUUCAAGCCGGCCACACCGAUUUGAAGAACAAACUGGCGGCUCAACAGCUCGAGACCAACGCAAUGACUGUGCAACACAAUACUCUGAAAGACAUCCUGGCAGAACGUGGGAUUAGUCCGACGGGUGGUGCUGUCCGCGGCCGUAGCCUGGCCAGUCCCCGAACUAGCUCCCCCGAUCAAAGCCGCGUGCGAGACUUGGAGAUGCAACUCGCCAAUGCCACAGCGGCCCACGAAGAGAGCCGACAACAAUUUGCAUCUCAGCAACAGGAGUCGGAGAUGGCGUACCGCGACAAACUCCAACAACUCGAGAGCGACUACCAAUCGGCAGUGCAUUAUGUCAAGGGAACGGAAAAGAUGCUGAAGCAGCUCAAAGACCAACUGACUCGCUACAAGACGGAUAAUGGACGCCUCAAGUUGCAAAUGGAGGAGCUGCGAGGUCGACUUGAAGAAGCUGAGGGUGAUGGGCAGCGAUCAGGGUCAGCCCAGGCAGACUGGCAAGCCGAGCGAGAUGCACUGCAUCAGAGAGUUGAGGCCCUCGAGACGGAACUGAAGUCUUCUGGAUCCAAGCUGGAGCAGAGUCUUGAAAUGAUGAAGAAGGAGCUGGCCGACAGCAAGAAGCAGCGCGAUGAAGCUGUCAGGGAUCUUGACCUGCACAAAAAGGAUCUAGAACAACUUCAAACCGAAAACGCUCUUCUUGAACAGCGGACCAACGACGCGGAGCAAAAGGUGGCGCUCCUACUUGACCAGGUCGAGCAUUCGGUUGACAACUAUCGACGUCGCAGUCGGCAAAUUCCCAACAUAGCUAUCGAAGGCACGAAUGGCGGAAUCCACGGACACACUCGCAAUGAGAGUUCCGAAAAUGAGAGCACAUAUGAGGGUAACAGUCUGGAUGCUAGAAACAGCGCGGCGCUCGACAACCUUGCCAGCGAGCUUGAGACUCUGCGAAGCCACUGGGAAGCUACUAACAAGAACUACCGGUUGAGCACCAAUUUCGACUUUGACUCUCCUGCGGUGGGCAAGAAGGCGAAUGAGGGCUCAACAGACGGUGGUCUGAGUGAGAGUCUAGCCGAUUGGAGAAAGAGACUCGACACUGAAGACCAGCAUGCCGGCAGUGACAAGGAUUAG